UGCCUGCAGCACCAAGGAUAUGAAGAAGCUCUUGAAGACUGCAGCAGGCAGGCCAAGACCUUACCUGUACAAGUCUGACCACCAGUACCCUGGAGUCAAUGGGACAGACCUGCCUGUAGCUGUUCUUUAUGCUGAAAUCGGCACAAAGGAGUUCAAUACUUUUCAUAAGGUUCUGUCAGAGCGGGCACAGGAGGGCAAACUCGUCUAUGUGCUAAGACACUUUGUGUUUGAGCCAAAAAAUGAAAAGAUGCUGCUGUCUGGAUAUGGUGUUGAACUGGCAAUUAAAAGCACCGAGUACAAAGCUGUUGACGACACACAAGUUAAAGAAUCCAAAUCACUCACCACUGAUAAUGAGGAUGAAAAUGAUGAAGUCCAAGGAUUUCUGUUUGGGAAAUUAAAAAAGUCUCACCCAGAGCUUCAGGAGGAACUUGGAGAGCUGAGGAAGCAUCUACUGGAGAGCACCAAUGACAUGACUCCCCUCAAAGUGUGGGAGCUCCAAGACCUCAGUUUCCAGGCGGCAUCUCGGAUCAUGACUGUGCCAAAGUUUGAUUCUCUCAAAUUGAUGCAAGACCUCAGCCAAAAUUUCCCAAGCAGAGCCAGAUCACUGACAAGAGUGGCCGUAAACCAAGACAUGAGGAAAGAAAUAGAAGACACUCAAAAGAGGUUGAGUGAGUCGAUGGGGAUCCAACCUGGAGAUGCCAGUCUGUUUAUUAAUGGAAUACAUGUUGACCUGGACAUUCAUAACCCUUUCAGCAUCCUGGACAUUCUCAGAAGCGAGGCUAAGAUUCUCGAAGGUCUUCAUAACCUUGGCAUCAGAGGAAGCAGCGUUAGUAAGUUCCUGCAUUUACCAUCAUCAACCACUGUAGAGGACAGCUACGCUCUGGACAUCCGCCACUCAUCCAUUAUGUGGGCUAAUGAUAUUGAGAAGGACUCCAUGUAUCGUCACUGGCCCUCAAGUGUCCAAGAGCUCCUCAGAGCAACAUUUCCUGGAGUUAUUCGACAAAUACGCCGUAACUUCUAUAACCUGGUUCUGUUUCUUGACCCAAUACAAGAAGAGAGCAUUGAGCUGGUGAAAUUAGCAGAACUAUUUUACAAACAUAACAUUCCUCUCAGGAUUGGGUUUGUGCUGGUUGUCAGUGCGGAUGAUAAAGUGGAUGGGUUUUUGGAUGCAGGUGUUGCUCUCUUUAGGCUGUUAAACUACAUCUCAGAGGAGUAUGAUGAAGCACAGGCUUUUACGUUCAUGGUGUCAAUAUAUAACAGGGUGGAAGUUGGAGAGACUCUUUCUGUGGAUACAGUAACUGCAUAUCUGAAAAAGAAAUUUCCAAAAGCAAAUGCUGCCAGAAUUCUUGGAGUGGACUCAAGCUAUGAUGACAACAGAAAG